AUGUCUGCUACUGCCACAGAAUCCCAUCAGAAUGGGGCAAUUGGAGCACAUAAUCAACACUCAACUCAAGAUUCAACGCCACAACAAGCAAAACCCGAGGCGCCUACAAACAAGACUCCUAAUGAUAAACAUCACAAGUUUAAAAAAAAAUUGGUUAGAGCCCAACCCAAUGCAAAUGCUUUGAAGUUUAAAGCAUGGCUCGGUGGGCAUAUUGCUUCUGUUGUAUUCGGCACCAUUACGUUUAUUUUCCAGGCUUUUUGGUUACCUAACGUCUACUACAUCAAUUCAAUCUGCUACAGAUUAGCCUUGUUUGGAUCGAUGGUGGCAUUGACUUCUACGUUUAGUCACAAGUUUGGGUUACACUUUUUACCACCAGUGGCUACAUUGUUGAGUCAUGAGAAUUUCCAAUACUUGAUCUUGGCAGUAGUUUGGUGUUUUACAUUCAGGUCAGUGUUUAAGAUUCUCCCAUACUUUUUGUUGAGUGUCUUGCACUUGAGUAAAUUGAAGAAUGUUACUGCUGUCAUUAAGCAUGCAUCUACAUUAUCAGCAUUGAUUGCGUAUGACGAAUUAUUUUUAAUUGUCUACUUGGUCCUUAGAACCUUGUUUUUCAGAAAUGCCAGUGGUUAUCAAUUGACUUUGUUUUUGAUCUUUUAUUGGUUGAGAAUAUUGUACAACAAGGAAACCGGUAACUUGUUCUCUGCCAUUGUUGAUAGAUUGGAUGGUGAAAUGGUCAAGGUGAAGAACCCAACCGUACAAAGAAGAUGGGAAAAGGUGAGAGAGUUUGUAAAAGUGAAGCAAGAACAUGAGCAUCAAGAUGAUUAA